AUGGCCACAGAACCGGCGAGGGGGCAGCGCGGCCCAGACCCCCAGAAGCCCCCUGUCGAGGCUGUGGCUUCCAGGAGUGGUGCUGAGGGCCUGCUCUCGACCAGGAAGAGGAGCAAGAAGGACAGGGGACUCCGAGGGUCCCGGAAGGGUGCUGGGGGCUCUGAGGGGCAGGCACCCAUCCCCGGCCCCGAGGCCCCGGGGAGCAGCAAGAGCCCCCCUGGGACCCGAGAAGGACAGGAGGGGACGGGCCCUGCCGCCCCCAGGCCAGCCGGUCGUCGCCAGUCCCACCGACACCGCUCUGUCACCCGGCAGGAUGCUGCUCAGAAGACCUACGGGCCCCUGCUCAGCCGCAUCUUCGGGAAGGACCGCGAGCUGGGCCCCGAGGAGCUGGAUGAGCUUCAGGCCGCCUUUGAAGAGUUUGACACUGACCAUGAUGGUUACAUCGGCUACCGGGACCUAGGCGACUGCAUGCGGACGCUGGGCUACAUGCCCACCGAGAUGGAGCUCAUCGAGGUCUCGCAGCACAUCAAGAUGCGAAUGGGAGGCCGCGUGGACUUUGAGGAGUUUGUGGAACUGAUGGGCCCGAAGCUGAGGGAGGAGACGGCACACAUGCUGGGGGUGCGGGAGCUGCGCAUCGCCUUCCGAGAGUUUGACACGGACAGAGACGGACGGAUCACGGUGGCAGAGCUGCGGCAGGCAGCACCCGCUCUCCUGGGGGAGCCACUCGUGGGUCCUGAGCUGGAUGAGAUGCUCCGAGAAGUGGACCUCAACGGGGAUGGCACAGUAGACUUUGAUGAGUUUGUGAUGAUGCUUUUCACCCACUGA